AUGUUUUUUUCUUUCUUAGCUUCCUUUACAAUCUCCCUUCAUAAAGUGGACAACACCACAGUUACGAUUCAACUGAGAUCGGGUGUUUCACGGAGCUGUCUAAUUCGCACUAAAAAUGGCAUUAGGUCUGAACUCAGAGUAAAGCCUGGGGAGAAUGUCACUUUUACCUUCACUUGUAGUGCUCCAGAGAAAUAUUUCAUCAUGGAAAUUCAGAAAAAUAUUGACUGUGUGUCAGGCCCGUGUCCCUUUGGAGAUGUUCAUCUUUACCCACCGGGACUGCCUCACCUUAACAGGACGUACAUCUGGGAYGUGAAGGCGAGCACAAAAGCUGGACUUGAGCUAAAAUUUGCUACCCCGUGGCUGAGACAGGUUGGACCAGGAGAGUCGUGCCCAGACUCCAUUAGCUACAACAUCAACAGCUGUAUUGAUAAGGCCACGGUCAACAUUGGCACCUUCUGCCGGAAUGGCUCCGUGUCUCGYGUCAAGUUGCUGGGAGGAAUGCUCAUGUCCCUGCACCUCCCGUGGCACUUGCUUCUCACCACYUCAGGCUUCAGCAUAGCUAACAGGACUUCCAUAAAGCGGUUAUGCAUUAUUGAAUCCAUCUUGAAGGGGGAGUCUUCAAUCACCCUGAUGUCCCCUAACUACCCGCUGGGCUUUCCAGAAGACGAGCUCAUGACGUGGCAGUUUGUGAUUCCUUCCAACAUGAGAGCAAGUGUGUUCUUCCACAACUACAGCCUCUCCAACUGCGAGAGGAAGGAGGARAGGGUGGAGUACUACAUCCCUGGCUCCCCCAGCAACCCGGAGGUGUUCAAGCUGAGUGACAGCCAGCCUGCCAAUAUUGCUGGCAGUUUCAACAUGUCCCUGCAAGGCUGUGAUCAGGAUGCCCAGAACCCGGGCGUCCUUCGCCUGCUCUUCCAAGUCGUYGUUCAGCACCCGCAGGUUGAUGAGAAUGUCACCCAUUUGAUCGACCUGAGCAAGGAGAGGAACAUGACUGUGACAAUACACUUGGAAGGGUGGCCCAGCUCYGUCCCCCUCAUGUCUGAGCCCAUCUGCCUGAUCUGCAAGGAUCCUCGCACCUGUGACCGUGUCUUGACUUUGGCCGCUGGCGCUGUCUACAGGAUCUCCUUUCUGUGCAAGGACCUGUCCCGCCUGAGGAUCACAGCUGAAAAAGGCAUAGGCUGUAUGGAUAUUCGUUGGUGUCAGAGGAAGGUCUAUUCCCUUUCAGUGCCUAAGGCUAUUACCCAAUUGCCAAUUCGAUUGCAUAARUUUAUCUGGAAGCUCUUGGCUACCGAUCUGAUCAACAUAGAAAUUACAUCUCCAUCCUUGAAACUUCAGCAACAUGUCCCAGAGCAGAGAUGCAACACGAGCUACAGUUACAGCAUUGUUAGUGCCACCCCAGAGAGGGAGCUGAAUGUUGGUGUGUUCUGUCCUGGUGGAUCUAUUGAAAAGAUUCAGAUGAGGAAUAACAUCACCAUAUCCUUAAAAACAUUUGGUAAAGGAUUCAUCAAUGAGUCUAUGUCUCAGGAUCUGAAAAUGUCUUUUGUGCCRCAUAUUAAAGAUGAGUGCACAUUCACUGUGAGUCCCAAUCCAAAAGCUAAAGUUUACUUGCAGACUCCCAACUGGCCUUAYGGUUUGCCUCCUUAUGUUUCCAUCUCGUGGUUCAUCAUGGUGCCCAACAAGCAGACUGCCCGCCUGGGCUUCUCCAAGGACCGCAUGGGCAUUGCCUGCGAGACGGGCCGUGCCUACGUCAACAUCAAGGAGGAGACGCCGGGAGCAGAGGAGACCGUGCGCCGCGAGGACGAGCUCCUGCCCAAGCCCCGAAAUAUGUAUCACAACUUCUGGGUGAACGUCUCCAACUGCAGACCUGUGGAUAAGACACAGCUGACCUUGCAGUUCUGGGUGGCUUUUGCUGACAAGCAGAUAGAUCUUGGAAUCAUACUUGCUGUGGUGGCUGGUGCUGGAGUGCUCUUGGCGAUUGGACUGACAGUGUGCUGUGUUAAGAAGAAGAAGAAGAAAACCCAGAAUCCCAUGGUGGGAGUGUACAAUGCUAAUGUGAAUACCCAGAUGCCUGGGAAAAAAGGCUUAUUCGGAAAAGARAGGCACAACAAUGACUCUCAUGUCUAUGCAGUUAUUGAUGAUGCUGUGGUCUAUGGACACUUGCUGAAGGARUCCAAUGGCUCAGUCGCUCCAGAAGUUGAUGUGUACCGGCCUUUUGAUGGACCCAUUGGUAGCUUGCCACCUUCUCCACCUCCAUUGUCCUUCAGAAAAGACAUUAAAYGCUCUUCUAACACCGAGGAGGAACCUCCAUCCCUGACGGACACAGACCAAGACACUUACACAUUUGCUCAUCAGAAAUUGGGGCAAUCAGAGGACAAUGGAGAGGYAGAUGUAAAGGAUAAGGGAGAUACAAGUGUGCCCUUGCUGGAAAAUAAGGAACAGGAUGGUUUAGUGGAAUAGUUUUAUGCCAGGUAUAGCAGUUUCCUGUGGAAAUACAGGUAUGAGGACAGUGGCCUAGGAGAAAAAACUCUGAAGAGGAGUGUUAUUUUUAAAUAUGUUUUUAUGUUGUUUUGUUUUGUCUGUGUGUUUUCAGUUGUUUUUUGUCUUUUUUUUUUUUAACUUCAGCUGUUGAUAGCUUUCAGUUCUAAAGUGAACACCUAGCAAGCUCAGUACCAGUUGGGGACUGUCCAAGACUGGUUGUGAAACAGGUGCCAAAGGUAUGCCACAGCUUUUUACUGUAAAGGCAUCAGGAAAGUUAAUUCCUAGCCACCAGCUUGAAACUGUGGCCUUUGAUAGUGGGGAGAGUGUUCUGUCCAGUAUUUCCUCCUCUCACAAGCCAUUAUUUAUUURUCUGAGUGUUGGCCUGUGACUCCUAGAAGAUGCAGAAUGCAUCAGUGUAAAGGCAGCUCCAGGUUGCACAUGUCUAAGCAAUCUGCAAAUAUCUGACCAAAGGUGGGGACAGUGUCCUUUUCAUCAGUUGUAGCUUGAAAAUKGAUCAUGUUUAGCAUGCCACUGGCAAUGUGAGUGUAGUGAAAGCCCAUGUCUGCCACCUGAAGAGCUCUGUGCCUGUACAUCAGUGUGAUCGCUUGAUUUUGGGCUCUUCUCCUUCAGAAGAUAAGUUAGGGUUUUCUCUGGUUUUCAACUGAUAUUGUUAUACUUGGAUUGCACCAUGGGAGCUUACACCAAAGACCAUUUUCUCUUUAACAAAAGCAGCUUCAAAAGUCUAAACCAAUUUGUGCUUCUGUUCAGGUGCCUGUGAUAUGCACAUUUUACUAAUAUCUUGCACUUUUGGUUCAAGUGAGAGUAAGGAUUCAAUAAAAAAAACAAUGAUGUGGUUGUUCAGCUGUUUACUAGUGUUUUUCACUUCACCUGUUACUAAGGUUUAAAAUACAGGGUAAAUUGUUUCUAGCAGCUGGUGUCUCUGAAAUACAAAGAAUUAAUCUGUAAGAAAAACCUAGAUGUUUUAAAUUAUUUAUUUGUGUAUCCGUCUGAAUUUGGUAACAGUGUUGAAAUGAUGGUGGGGACAGUUCUUGUUUUCUGACAGAACUUACACUUCAGUUAUCUAGCCAUCCUUGAAAGGCAUCUCUUGAAAUCAGUUAAAUAACAGGUCUCAUUUAAUGUGCAGUAGUUAGCAUGCCCCAGUUUCUGUACCUUUUACAACAUGAGGGCCAGAUCCUUGUGGAUACAUGAAUGAAGUUACCUCUUAUAUACAAACAUCUGCCUUGUCCAGAUGUGCAGUUUAUUGAGGGUGUUUGUAACUUCCUGUGCAGCACUAGACUCAGCGACUGCAGAAUUUCUUUCCAAAUAUCUCCCCGAGACUGUUUCUGGCCUGGUGAUACACAAAAGUGAUGUGAAACUUUUAGACAAGCGUUGCACGCAAUAAUGUUAAACAUAUAAUAAUAUUUAAAAUGCAACUGUCUUUAUUAGAAACCUUACUGUUUACAUUAAGUAAAAACAUGGCUGUGCUCAUUGACUAUUUAUUKGGUCAAGUGUGUGUAUUUAACAGUACCAUUAUACUGCUUGGACCACUACGAGUUUCAGUAUAAAGCCAUAUCUGACACARUUUUCUGCAGCAUGUAUUAAAACACAUGCCAGCUAAAAGUGCCUUUUAAUUGUUUCAGGUAUCUUCCUGCCCAUUUUUAUGUUUUAGUACAGAAAUGUGUAUUCCUAAAUCUAUGGCUACUCACUGGGAUCUCAUAUUUCAAAGUGUACUGGAUCAUUUUGAUGUCAUUUUAGAACUUUAAAAGAUUUCUGCAAUACUGGUAUCAGUUUUUCUCAGGUAACUGAAUUGCCAAAACCAUUUUUUGUCAGAGUAGUACGGUUGGGCAUUUGUCYGGUCAAUGUUCCUCACUUCUGUUUUAUUGAAAAAUAAUAAAUCUCUGAAAGAAAUUCAAGACUUUCUCCUCUCUCUAGCUCAAUUUCUGCAGUUCCUUAGCUGAGUUUUUUAGUUCAUGUUCCUUCUAACCAUCUGAAGAAAACAUAAUGGAGGUCAGGUUUUUGUUCACAACCUCUUGAUCMUUGAGAAUGAUUCUUGUUGACUGAUACUUUUAAGUGUUCUAUUUUAACUCAACUUUUGUUGUGGCAAUAUAAAUCUUGGUUUACAGGUAUCUCCAGUCUAAGGUUGCCUUUCACUGUGCCUAUCUGGUAUGUUUAAAGAAAGAGUUCAGGCACAGAUUUCAGUGUGCUUUCAAUUAAAAGAAAGUUGUGACUUAAUUUUUUUUUUUUAAGAAGUAAAUAAAUUGUAGUGCUACUGCCAACUGGA